AUGCACGCUUUCUCUAUUCUUACCAUCGGAAUCUUCGUUGCAGGAUACUCGACUGCUCGUUGGGAUCUUGUGACACGCGUCUACGAGUUAGCGAUAUUUGCGUGGGAUCACGGAGUGGUGACAAGGACUGCCAAGGGUUUCGCUCUGCUCUCCCUGCUGUUCUUCCUCUUCAUACUGCCAAUUGUGCGCAUCGCAACACAGGAGACGGACCUGCACCCGCGACUUGGAGGCACCGGCAUCUCUGCACGCGAGCAGCUCAAACGUCGCGGUUCCUUCUAG